AUGGCUGCCAACAACAAUGCCAUAAGCCCCUCUCAGAAUAUUCCCCGGUUUGCUGGUAUUAAUUAUCAGUUUUGGCGUGUUAAGAUGAAGACCUUGUUUGUAUCAUGCGAUCUCUGGGAAUUGGUUGAGAAUGGAUUUGUAGAUCUUGCUGAUUCAGAAGAGGUACCAAGAUUGACAGUAGCUCAGCGCAAUGAGCUGAAAGAGAAGAAAAAGAAAGAUGCCAAAGCCUUGUUUAUGAUUCAGCAGGCUUUGGAUGAGGCCAUUUUUCCAAGAGUAAUAGGUGCAACGACAUCAAAAGAAGCAUGGGAUUUGCUUCAAGACGAGUAUCAAGGCUCGAGCAGGAUGAAAGCUUUUGACACAAUUCAGGAUUUCUUCACAAAGGUAUCAUCUCUUGUGAAUGAAAUCAGGUCUCUUGGAGAAGAUUUGAUAGAGCAAAAGAUUGUUGAGAAGGUUCUAAGAAGCCUUCCUCCUGGAUUUGAUCAUGUUGUUGCAGCGAUUGAAGAGUCUAAAGAUUUGCCUGAAUAUUCACUGAUUGAGCUAAUGGGAUCUCUCCAAGCACAUGAGCAGCGGCUGAAUAGAUCAGCUGACACUUCCAUGGAGCAUGCAUUUCAAACGAAGGUGAAUCAAAAAAAAAAAGGGUUGAAGACUCAGGAAGAGGAAGUAAUGGCGGAGGUCCUAGAUAUGGAAAUCCAACACGUGGAAGGGGUCAUGGCAGAUCUAAUGGCCAGCAAAAAUACUUCAAUGGAGGUAAUGAAGGAAAAUAAUGGUAGAGAAAUGCCUAUCAUUAUUGUGGAUGAAAGUUCUAAUUUGGAGACAAUCAGCCCACAUGAAUCACCAUCUACAACCACAGACACUCUUUCAUCAUCCUCCAUAGAUUCAACUCCAAGAAGGGUAAGAAAUCUUGCUGAUAUCUAUGCUUCAUGUGAGUUUGCUUGUUUUGCCAUGGAACCUACUUGUUUUGAGGAUGCAGUGGAUAAAGAAGAAUGGGUAAUUGCCAUGAAGAAAGAGCUUGCUGCCACUGAAAAGAACAAUACCUGGAGCUUGGUAGACUUGCCAAUUGGAAAGGAAGCAAUUGAUCUCAAGUGGAUUUAUAGGUCCAAGUUCAACCCAGAUAGAACCUUGCAAAAGAACAAAGCUUGA